AUGGCGAGCAGCAGUGAUCCCAAGGCCGAGUUCAUUGUUGGGGGCAAAUAUAAACUGGUCCGGAAGAUCGGCUCCGGUUCCUUUGGGGACAUUUACCUGGCCAUCAACAUCACCAACUCCGAGGAGGUGGCCGUGAAGCUCGAGUCUCAGAAGGCCAGGCACCCCCAGUUGCUGUACGAGAGCAAACUCUAUAAGAUCCUUCAAGGUGGGGUUGGCAUCCCCCACAUACGCUGGUAUGGUCAGGAGAAAGACUACAACGUGCUCGUCAUGGAUCUUCUCGGGCCCAGCCUCGAAGACCUCUUUAAUUUCUGUUCCAGAAGGUUCACCAUGAAAACGGUACUGAUGUUAGCUGACCAGAUGAUCAGUAGGAUCGAGUAUAUGCAUACGAAGAAUUUUAUUCACAGAGACAUUAAACCAGAUAACUUUCUCAUGGGUAUUGGGCAUCACUGUAAUAAGUUAUUCCUUAUUGAUUUUGGCUUGGCCAAGAAGUACAGAGACAACAGGACAAGGCAACACAUACCCUACCGAGAAGAUAAAAAUCUCACUGGGACUGCCCGCUAUGCUAGCAUCAAUGCCCAUCUCGGUAUUGAACAAAGUCGCCGAGAUGACAUGGAAUCACUAGGAUAUGUGCUGAUGUAUUUUAAUAGAACCAGUCUGCCCUGGCAAGGACUGAAGGCUGCGACAAAGAAACAAAAAUAUGAGAAGAUUAGUGAGAAGAAGAUGUCCACACCUGUGGAAGUUUUAUGUAAGGGAUUUCCUGCAGAAUUUUCCAUGUACUUAAACUAUUGCCGUGGGCUUCGCUUUGAAGAGUCCCCAGAUUACACGUAUCUGAGGCAGCUAUUUCGCAUUCUUUUUAGGACUCUGAACCACCAAUAUGACUACACAUUUGAUUGGACAAUGUUAAAACAAAAAACAGCCCAGCAGGCAGCCACUUCAAAUGUCCAGAGUCAGCAACCCCAAUCCCCCACAGGCAAGCAAACCGAUAAAUCCAAGAACACCAAAGGUUUCCAAGCAUGA